AUGUCGCCAUCAACAAUAACAUCAUUUCCUGUUUACAUUAAAAUUCGUGUUAAUGAUCAACCGACGGAAGCAAUUGUUGAUACAGGAUCCGCCAUCUCAAUUGUUCAUUCAAAUUUUCUCAAAACCAUUCCUCACCAUAAUUUUUUAUAUCAAACUCAUUUAUGUCAAACUGCAAAUUCAACACCUCUUAAUAUUAUCGGUCAAAUUAAAUUAGAAAUACAAAUUAAAUCUAUUAAAACUUAUGUUACUGCUCACGUUGCUACAAAUUUAAUUACAUCAAUUCUUUUAGGUAAUGAUUGGAUAAAUUCGAAUCAUGUUCACCUUUAUGGUGACCAGAAACAAUUAACCAUUCCUAAUCAAUAUGCCCAAUUAAUUUCAGUCCCGUAUGUGGAACCAACUUGCAUUAAUUAUCCAGCAUUAUUAGUUCAUGAAAUUACUCUUCCUCCAUAUUCACAAAAAUUAGUUGAUAUUACAUGUCAAGUUACUAAUGCUAAUAAUCUUAUAUUUGAACCAUAUGAACGUCACAUAUCAAAACUUAUUUUCGUACCACAUACAUUACUAAAUAUCAACAAAAAUCGAGCCAAAGUAUUAUUAAUAAAUGCACAAAAUCGACAACAAACAUUAUCAAAAAAUACACGAAUCGGAACCAUCUCCCGUGAUGCAACGUAUACUAUAUGUGCAACUACACAAAUUCCAACAAAACAUAAUCCUGUUUUAAAUGAACGUCAUCAAACAUCAACUCGACAUUACAAUAAAUUGAAAUCCAGAGCUGUCUUACGUAAAAAGGACAACUCGAAUCAAGAAAAAUUAAAUAUUAUUUGUCAUCAUUGCAAUGAACAUUUUUUAUCUGGUAAUGAUUUACAAAAACAUCUACGCGCAAAAUGUUAUUCAGAACAGAUUCGACAACAAAUACUCGAAUCGACUAAACAUAUAGAAAAUCGAAAACAUCAAUUAGCAAUUCAAGAUAUACUAUGGCGAAAUAAAAUAUUAUUCGAUCCUACACCAUCAAUAAUAAAUAUACCUCCACAAUCUGCAAUUAAAACUGGUGAUCACCCACCUAUCUAUUCAAAACAAUAUCCAGCUUCAUAUAAAGAUCAAGAAAUUAAAUUUCAAGAAACACAAAAAUUAUUAGAACGUGGUCAAAUUGAAGAAUCAACUUUACCAUGGUCAUCACCAAUCGUUCUUGUUAAGAAAAAAGACAAAACAAUACGAUUUUGCAUUGAUUAUCGACGAUUAAAUGCUAUUACAAUUAAAGAUGCAUUUCCACUUCCUCGAAUUGAUGAAAUAUUUGAUCAAUUAUCCGAUGCAACAUAUUAUACAAAAUUCAAUUUCAAAUCUGGAUACUUCCAGGUUCUUCUAUCGAAAGAGGGCCGUCCUAAAACGGCUUUUUCAACCCGUGACAACCAUUAUCAAUUUACUGUACUUCCUCAAGGUAUUAUAAAUGGACCCGCUACAUUUCAACGUGUAAUUAAUCAUAUAUUAGGACCCGCAAGAUGGAAAUACGCAUUAGCAUAUAUUGAUGAUGUCAUUAUUUACUCCAAAACAUUUCAAGAACACUUAUCUCAUCUGAAUGAAAUUUGUCAAAUAUUAAAAGAAGCUCGUUUCCGUCUUAAUCCAGAAAAAUGCGAAAUUGCUCGAACACAAACUGAUUAUCUUGGACAUCGUAUACAAAAUGGUGAAAUUCGUCCAAGUCCUACUAACAUACACAGCUUAUUAAAUACAAAAUUACCACAAACUGCUAAUGAAGCUUGUAAAUUCGUUAAAGCUGCUGAAUAUUAUAGGAAAUUUAUUCCAAAUUUUUCUCAAAUUGCCGAACCACUUAGAAAAUUCGUCCCAACUACACGAACUCAACAAAAGAAAGGACAGAAAACUUCAAUUACGUUCACAAAUGAAGAAGUUACAGCAUUCACACAACUCAAGCAUUUCCUUACAACUGAUUUAGUAUUACGUCUUCCGAACAACAGAUUCCCUUUUAAAGUUCAAACAGAUGCUUCUGAUGAGGGAAUCGGUGCAGUUUUAUUACAAAUCUAUCUAGAAGGAGAUAGACCAGUCGCAUAUUUAUCCAAGAAAUUUACUCAAGCACAACGUAGAUGGUCUCCAAUGGAACAAGAAUGUUAUGCAUUUAUUUGUGCAUUCGACAAAUGGCAUAAUUAUUUAAGCGGAAUUAAAUUCACAUGGGAAACUGAUCACAAAGCAUUAACACAAUUAAAUAAAAAAGCACAAAUUAAUAAACGAUGUGAAAGAUGGAGAUUAAAAAUUUGA